AUGGACUUUCUAGUCGAAAAUGAAGCAGUCAUCGACUUCACCAAUGGAGUUAUCUCUUUCAAAACGCCGGAAACUGCGGAAGACAAGUGGUGGGCACGAAUAACUCCGGAGAAGCGCGCAAACACGGACGUAACCGCCGUGACGAGUCAGCACGUCAACCUGCCUCCCUUGUCAGCACUGUCACUGAAUGACGCGCUUGACCUCUUGCAAAACAACAACGAAGACGUUCAAGCUAUCUAUAUCGAGCCUCCUGAUGCAAAUGUGAAUUCAGAUGAGGACUCGGCUGAAGAAGACGAAGGAGGCCUGUUGGACAACCUCAGUGGGCGACAGCUGCGGGCUGGUGCAGAAGUUGUGCUGUCAGACCGCUCGCGUAUCGGAGGUACCGCUGAUGACGAGAUCUCUGCGGACAAGGCCACAGGCCAUUCCCCUGCAACCGGUGGAGGGCGCAAGUCACGCCGCAAGGCGCAGCGACAGACUACAUGGUCAAACAAAGACCUGCCGUCCAGUGGAACUAUUUUUCCAGCACCAGAUUAUUCAGCGCUACGGGGCAAAAGCGCGCUAGAUGUUUUCGAAACGUUUUUUGACGACCAGAUAGUUUCCUUCCUAGCCCAACAAACACGACAGUACGCGCUGUUCAAAAAUGAAUCAGACCCUCAAAUCACCGAGGAUGAAAUCAAAGUGUUUAUUGCCAUCCUCAUCCUGAGUGGCUAUAACACUGUGCCGGGAAAACGUCGCUACUGGGAGUCCAGAGAGGAUGUGCGAAAUGAGAUGGUGUACGGUGCUAUCCGACGUGACAGAUUUCUUCAGAUUAUGAAGUACAUCCACUGUGCUGACAACACAGACCUAGACAGCAGGGAUAAGAUGGCAAAAUUGCGGCCUCUCAUGGAGCUGCUGCAAAAGAAAUUUGCAGAACAUCUUAGGCCUGAACAGUGCAUGGACUACGACGAGUGCAUGAUCGCCUACUACGGACGACAUGGAUGUAAGCAAUUCAUAAGGGGGAAACCAAUACGGUUUGGCUACAAAGUUUGGUGUUUGAACACUCCAGACGGCUAUUUGGUAGAUUUCGAUGUCUAUCAAGGAAAGAAUCCACAUGCAAAGCCUGAGUAUGAGGAGCAGUUUGGUAAAGCUGCUUCUCCACUGGUGCAGAUGCUUGACAGGCUCCCUAAAGAUAUACAAGAUCUGCCACUGAGAUUGUAUUUUGAUAAUUUGUUUACUGGCGUAAACCUUAUGAUUUGCUUGAAGUCGCGGGGCUAUGGAGCAACUGGGACCGUUCGUGAAAAUCGUGUGCCAAAAGGUUGCCCACUAACUUGCUGCGGAGAAAUGAAAAAGAAGACACGCGGAACAUAUGAGUUUGUGCAAAGCGAGGAAGACGGUGUGCUAAUUACACGGUGGGUGGAUAACUCUGUGGUUACUGGGAUGUCGACAUGCCACGGAGUACAGCCUGUGGAAAAAGCGUCACGCUAUUCUCAGUCCGAAAAGAAAAGAAUAUCUGUCCCACGACCAGCUCUCUUCGCGGAGUACAAUAAGUUCAUGGGAGGGACGGAUCGCAUGGAUGAAAAUGUUUCGUUGUACCGAAUUGCAGUCCGUGGAAAGAAGUGGUGGUGGCCCAUCUUCACGUGGCUCGUAGACGUCGUCGUCCAUAACGCCUGGCUUGUCCUUCGAAAGUCCGGGACUGACAUCAGGCAAUUAGAGUUUCGCCGACAAAUAGUCUUGACGUACCUGACACGGUACAAGACCGCACCGAAGGGACCGGGCCGCACACGGAUUUCGAAAGAAAGUUCCUCGGGAAGCAGGGUGUCAGACAGCAUCCGCUACGAUAGGCUCGACCAUCUUGUGCUUUCGACUCCAGAAAAAAGGAGGCUGCGUUGUGCGGAAGAAAAUUGCACCAGUCAAGUUCGCACGAAAUGCGCUAAGUGUAACGUAGGUCUCUGCAUUGACUGCUUUGUGCCGUUCCACACAGCACCCCGAUGA